AUUAUUUAUCAAUGGAUUAAGAUCAAGAAAUAGAAUAAGAAAUUAAUGCUUUGACAAUUUAAAAGUUUUGGAGAUUAAGAAAGCACAUUAAAGCUUCCAGACAAGUUGUUCCUUCACUAAGGGAGAAAUUUCAUUUCUAUUAUUCGAGCAUCAGUUUCAACAUGAAAGCAACAACAUCCACUUAAAGAUUAUUGACUUUUAUAAAAAACAAGAAGUUAAAAUCUUUUGGAUUUAAUUUGUGUGAUAAUCCAAUGUGUUAAUAAUGGGUGAAGCAAUAAAGAUUAAAUUAAGACCCAUUGCCUUUCAUAUUCAUUCACAAAGUAUAUAUUGGAUCAAUGGAUGAAUUACAACUGUUAAUUGAUUUCAAACUUUUUGAUCCAAUUAUGAAUUAAGAUUAUUUGAAACAUUGUUUGGCUUGUAUGACACCUAGAGAAUCAAUAGAAAAUCCGAAAUGUUAGAAUUGUUAAACAAAUUACAUAUUUUUUGAGAAGAAAGGUCAAGGAGUGAAAAUAUGUCCAAAAUGCAGGGAGAAAUAGGAUGAGGAUAAAACAACAUGUGAGAAAUGUCAGUUGGAGUGUAUUAGAGUUAACGAAAUAUUUAUUCAUCUUAAGGACAUUUAAUGAUUAAUAAUUAUAAAGGAAGAUGCUAAUAAAAAAUAUAUAAAAUUAGUAUAAUAAA